AUGGCCACUACCUUUCAUCCCUUCCCGCGCCUCCCAUUCGAGAUUCGCAGCCAAAUUUGGGCCUUGGCAGUGUACCCACGUCUCCUCCAUAUCCGCAUAACUCCCAAGCCAGACACACCUGGGUACUUCGACUAUGCCUCCAUGAUUCCACAGGCGGAACUCAUGCAUGUCUGCCGAGAGUCCCGUCAACUCGCCCCCUACCGGAAAGCCUUCUUCACCACCUUGCCUGGUGACUGCGAGGCUCGGUACAUCUGGGUCAACUUUGACGAGGACAUGAUCAGCAUCCAAGACGAGAAGAUGGGACGGCUUUUCCCGCAUGCGGCCGAUAUUCAGCGGCUGCGAUUUAUGGUGCCCACGGGGAGUUAUCGUGAAUACUGGGAGGACACAUUUCACAGAUUUCCAGAUACUCAUUUCAAGAUGUUUACGGCCCUGCGGGAGCUACACUUUGCUCUAUCAAAAGGCUAUGGGAUGUUGGGAUAUGCUCACUAUGGAACGUGUCCCCCGGACAAUGUUAGAUAUGUUAAUAUACAUACGGGAUUGAUGUUGACUUGGGCCCAGUCGGAGAUGAUGGAUGACUGGGCGUGGCGGAAGGGGGGGCUAGUGGGGGAAAUGGAUAACUUUGAUGAGGAGUUGGAGUGGGUGGUUGGCAAUGCCAUUACUUUUAUUCAAGAUUGCGCAGAGAUAGACUAA